AUGAAUUCACUCUUUCUCGUCUUCGUAUAUACCGUUGCCUUGCUAUACGAAUCUGCAAGUCUAGCACGCGAAGACGAAAAGGAUACGCAGUAUGAGUGCGGAAAACGCCAGAAAUCGGAACAUAUUUCUGCAAGAAUCAUUAAUGGUACCGAGGCUCCCCCGCAUCACUGGCCCUGGAUGGUCGCAAUCUAUAAUUCAAACGAUACCUUACUCUGCGGAGGGGUCUUAAUUGCCGAGGAAUAUGUGGUAACGGCAGCACAUUGUUUUCGAAAUCAAGACGCUGAUGAGUUUUCACUUCGUCUUGGAACCACACUCAGAACCAAUGUUUCACAAUGUAACACUCCACAAGAUUCUAAUAUACGAGAAACGAAAACCAGAAAUCCGGAAGUAUCUCCAAAAUUAGAUGAAGAAUACCAUGAGAAUCCUGAAAGCCAGGUGAUCUGUGUUGAAGUUGAAAGCAUCUGCACCCCUAUUCAAGACAACUGUUGCCUUUUCAUGAAAGACAUUGCUGUUGUAAAAUUAAAAACGAAAGUCAAAUAUACGGACUAUAUUCAGCCAAUCUGCCUUCCGAAAACCUGUGUCGAUCCCCCUCCAAGAAGUACACCCUAUGCUGCUGGCUGGGGAGGAAUAUAUGAGUAUUAUGAAUAUUAUGAAGACGAAGAAGAAAUAGACGACCUUGACAUUCGGAAACCAAUAAACAAAACAUCAAGUGAAGUAACUAGCGUCGAACCACAAACGGAAGAAACAAACUUGCUCAUAUCUCGAGACGCAAACACACUGAUGGAACGAAAAUUGGAUUUCAUGGAUCAGGAGCAAUGCUCUGUCCAAAUGAAAAGCCAAGUUCCUGGCUACAUCAUUUGCACGACUGGAGGAGUAUGUAAUGGAGACAGCGGAGGACCCUUGAUGUACGAAGAUAACGGUCGGUGGACUCUUAUUGGUGUGGUUUCUGACGGGCCAGAUGACUGCUUUUUCCCGGAGAGACCUUUGCUCUUUGUGAAGGUCUCGCACUUUGUGGACUCGCUUAUUUCGAAAUUUAUGCAAGCUGAAAGUAACAAUGACAAAAAUGCCACGUGUGCUACCGAGGAUGCCCGUAAAGAGUGUGUAACGAAGUUCUAUCAGUUCUACAACCGGUCUGUAGAACUAUAA